AUGGGUACUACAGUGUGCUGUGUGGGCUGUUUGAAGAGGCGCCGCGCAGUCUCCUCGCGCUCCAGGCGCCCACCUACAGCAUGCUCCUGGCCUCCCUCAAAUACGCCCUCCUCUCGACGGACACGGAUGUGGCGCGUCGAGGCCUGGAGACCCUGUGCAGCGUGUGCACGCACCACUACCACGCGCGCACCCACAACUCGCUUCCCUCUGCGCCCUCGCAACCUCUCCCCGCCGAAGCUGGGCAAUGCAUUGCGGGCGGCCAGCAGGUGGUGGCCGAGUUGCUGCAGCUGCUGUUCGACCACAUCGUGCUCUCCUCGUCGACGGCCCUCAUCUCGCCUCGCCUGCUCCCGCAGGCCUGCAAUGCCCUCUUCGGCACCAUCUGCUGUCAUCAGGAGCUGUUCAAGCAGCUGGUCGGGCAGGUACUGGACAAGUGCCCGCCGCAGGCGCGACAGAAGGUGGCCCACGAGUUCGAGACGCUGGUCUCCGCCGACGGGCUCCAGCUGGCGCUCGACGAGGCCAACCUCAAGAAGUGGCGCAAGAACGUCGUCGCCUUCCUCCAGAACACCCAGGGACUCCUCAUCUUCCACAACUCGGCCUGAUUUUAGCUCCGGCACAUCAUUACACCAUUUAUUUGCUUCGUCUUCGUUCUUUCCUUCUUCGUCUUCGUUCUUCAUCGUCUUCGUUCCUUCCUUCGUUCUCAUGAGCCGGAGUUGA